GGAGUUUAAGAGAGAUCGUGUCCUGAGUAGAGUUGCUGGAUUUAGCAAAUAAAAAUAAAGGACGUUCAGUUAAAUUGGAAUUUCAGAUAGACAAUUUUUUAGUCUAUGUCCAAAAUGUUUUACGGUACAUCCUUAUAUUAAGAAAACUCCUCUUUUAUCUGAAAUUCCAAUUAAACUGGACGUCCUGUAUUUUAUCUGGCAACCUUAGCCUUGAGCGCCCCCCUGUCCUGGGCUCUGGUAUCCAGUAGCAAGACUGGGAUCCUCUAGGUCUGUGUCCGUUUGGGAAACAGUGAGAGAAAUGGAGCUGUCCCUGUGGUACAACUGGAGCCUAAUUCCCAGUCUCCUUCCCCUGCUCUGUCCACACUCGCUGCUGCAGUCAGCUGGCAGCAUUUAUGGUGGGCAUUUAUUAAAGUAGAUGCCUUUUCAGAGGCAGCCAUGAGUGCCAGGUGGUGCUGAGAGCAGUGGGGCAUGGCUGCAGCUCUGCAGAUCCUGCCUCGUUUGGCCCGAGCUCCCUUGCGCCCACUGUUCUUGGGGGGCCCAGUGGCCCGGUUGGCCAGUGGCAUGGCCCUGGCCGAGCAGGCGCGGCAGCUGUUUGAGAGCACUGUGGGUGCUGUGCUGCCAGGCCCCAUGCUGCACCGGGCACUGUCCUUGGACCUUGACAGUGGGCAGCUGAAGGUGCGGGACCGGAGCUUUCAGCUGCGGCAAAACCUCUACCUGGUGGGCUUUGGCAAGGCUGUACUGGGCAUGGCAGCUGCAGCCGAGGAGCUACUGGGCCAGCAUCUCGUGCAGGGAGUGAUCAGCGUUCCCAAGGGGAUCCGUGCUGCCAUGGAGCAUGCUGGCAAGCAGGAAAUGCUGCUGAAGCCACACAGCCGUAUUCAAGUAUUUGAGGGUGCAGAGGACAACCUGCCUGACCGUGAUGCACUGCGGGCUGCACUGGCCAUCCGGCAGCUGGCUGAAGGUCUCACAGCUGAUGACCUGCUGCUUGUGCUCAUCUCAGGAGGGGGCUCAGCCCUGCUGCCUGCCCCUAUCCCACCUGUCACACUGGAGGAGAAGCAGACGCUCACUAAGCUGCUGGCGGCCCGAGGAGCCAACAUCCAGGAGCUGAACACCAUCCGGAAGGCCUUAUCCCAGCUCAAGGGUGGGGGGCUGGCUCAGGCUGCCUACCCUGCCCAGGUGGUGAGCCUCAUUCUGUCAGAUGUGGUGGGGGACCCUAUGGAGGUGAUUGCCAGCGGUCCCACUGUGGCCAGCGUCCAUAGUGUGCAAGAUUGCCUGCACAUCCUCAAUCGCUAUGGCCUUCGUGCUGCCCUGCCACGUUCUGUGAAAACUGUGCUAGCUCGGGCUGACUCUGACCCCCAUGGGCCACAUAGCUGUGGUCACGUCCUCAAUGUGAUCAUUGGCUCCAAUGCACUGGCACUGGCUGAGGCCCAGCGGCAGGCUGAGGCACUGGGAUACCGGGCCAUGGUGCUGAGCACAGCCAUGCAGGGUGAUGUAAAAAGUGUGGCUCAGUUCUAUGCGCUGCUGGUCCGAGUGGUUGGAGCCCACCUCACUCCACCUGGGCCUGGAACCUCUGUGGAGGAGGAUGAACAACUCUAUGAGCUGGCAGCCAAGCUCCAGCUCCCAGACCUGCAGCUGAAGGAGGCUCUGGAGGCUGUGGCAGGGGCUGGGAGCCCCGUCUGCCUGCUGGCUGGUGGUGAGCCCACAGUGCAAUUGCAGGGCUCAGGCAAGGGUGGCCGAAACCAGGAACUGGCCCUGCGUGUUGGAGCAGAGCUUGGACAGUGGCCACUGGGGCCCAUUGACGUGCUGUUUUUGAGUGGUGGCACGGAUGGACAAGAUGGGCCCACAGAGGCAGCUGGGGCCUGGGUCACGCCUGAGCUUGCCAGCCAGGCCACCACUGAGGGCCUGGAUGUGGCUACUUUCCUAGCCCACAAUGACUCACAUACCUUCUUCAGCCGCUUCCAGGGCGGGGCACACCUGCUGCACACAGGGCUGACCGGCACCAAUGUCAUGGAUGCCCACAUCCUAUUCCUGCGGCCAUGGUGACAGCAUAGGUCAUGUUUUGGGAGUCCAGAGGAGGCCUACAGGGCAGUAUCCUGGGGCAGAGCAGGGUUGGUCCCCAGGGCCUCACCAGGCCUUAGGGCUCCUCCUCUGCUUGGCCCUGGCUGCUUUGUUGGCCCUCACACUUCCCACCCAGGGCCUCUUCUCUGUGUCCCUUUCCCCAACCAGACUGGCAGGUGGGGCCUCUCUUCUACCCCUACUUUUCACCAUGGCAGCAGGUACCCCUGAGCACCGGGAUGAACCUCUUGUUCACUAUUGUGGAUUGUUUCCCCCAGGCAGCACCUCUGCCGAGCUCCUGAACUUGUUUUUUCUGUUGUGUGAAGCAAGAAGGACUGAAAAUAAAAAGGACCACACUGUGG